AUGCAAAGCAGUUAUGUUCCAUUGCGUUCUAAUAUGUUUACAAUACCAACAUCGUCCACCACAACAGAACGGACGACUACGACAUCAACUACCAUCUCGACCACAACCAGUUCAAGCACAGAAGUAUCAUCGGAACCUGUUAUAACCACAAGGAGAUUUGAACCUUAUAACCUUCUCAGUACCACCUUCGAACCGAUAGAGUACUAUGAUGAUGAGCCAAGUGAGACAACAACGCCCCAAGUCGUAGAAAGCACGGCCCCAUUUUUCGAUUUCGAAAAGUUUUAUCGAAGGAUGGAGAAGUCUGGGUACCAUAGCAUGGAGUCCAGUGACGGUUUUAUACAGAAUGAGUACAUCAAAAUAAACGUCAACAAUGAUCAACAACCUCUAAGCAUUAUUCUUUCGAAUGGCGUCAACAUAUCUUUCACCAUACAAAUGUGCUACUACGUCGCAGACGACCCAGAGAAACUCGGAACUAUGAAGAAGAAGCCAGGAGCCUUUAUAUUCAGACCUAUGGACUCCCAACCGAUAUUAAUACUAGAUGUCUACAACUCUAAGAUCCUGAAAUCUGAUGUCGUUGAAGAGAUCCAUCUUCGUUUCGCUGAUUAUGCUGGGAUAUCUUUGAAGCUAUAUAAAGGUUUGCCAACUAUUGAGGUCGAUUGGGUCGUUGGUCCGAUUCCAAUCGCUGAUAACUUGGGUAAAGAGGUUUUUAUUCGGUAUGUGACUGAUUUGAAUAAUAACGGCGUUUUUUAUACCGAUAGUAAUGGCAGGCAGACUAUGAAAAGAAUAAGGGAUGCUAGACCUACGUUUUUGCCGACUAUUGUUGAUAGUUCUUCCGCUGUCGCUGGGAACAUCUACCCAGUCACAUCAAAAAUAUACAUCGAAGACAAAACAAAAAACAUCAGACUGUCCAUUUUUACCGACAGAUGUCAGGGCGGAACAUCUUUGAUCGACGGACACAUAGACAUAUUUCUUCAUAGACGUAUCUUUACCGAUGACAUUGGCGUCAAUACUUAUUUAAACGAAUCUGUACUUGGCCACGAAAGCAUUGUAAGGGGGAAACAACAUUUAUAUCUAUCCAAAGCUGAUUUCCGACCAAACAAGGUAUUCGAGAAGAAAUUCGCUAAGGAAUUGGAAUUAGGACCUAAAGUGUUCACAUCAAUUCACCAAUCUUACUUCAAUAUCAGUCUUGCCAAUUGGAAUGAAAACAUCAAUGAAUAUACGGCUUUGAAUAUGAAAUUACCCGUUGGAGUACACAUUUUAACUUUGGAAAAAUGGCACGAUAAAUAUUUAUUGAGAUUGGAAAACUAUUUAGAACAGGCUGACGUUGCUCGCAAUGGUUAUAAAAAGGUAUACAUUAAAGAGUUGUUCAAAGACUUCAUUAUAACUGAAGCCAAAGAGACUUUGCUAGCUGGUAAUAUAUGGUUAGAUGAUUACUACCCAAUGCGCUGGCACAAAGAUAGAUUCGUAAAAAAUUUUAACGAAAUUUAUGGGAAUUUCAGCCAUUUUGAAUUUGCCAAAGAUGAGGAGGUGGAAUUGAAUAGACAGAAGAUAAAUUUGGAUGAAGGCAUCGGUUUGAUGCCGCAACAGAUAAGGACUUUUGUUGUAAGUUAUGUUCGGAGGUAA